UUUAAAUUCUCGACUAGUUAUUUCACACACGUGCAUUUCAGGAACUUUGUGUUUUAGUAGCCAGAUUGCAAAGGAAAAGUUUUAGAAAUGCCGACUAAAGGCCAACCCCGUAAAAUGAAAAGCAAGCGCAUGACUUGCAAGCUAAAGUACAAAAUAGCUUCAAAGGUGAAAGAGCAUAACAGAAAGACAAAAAGAAAAGAAAAAAAGAAGGGACCACAACGGCCAAAGAAAGAUCUUGGGAUUCCUAACUUAGCUCCAUUCAAAGAGGCCAUCUUGAGAGAAGCUGAAGAUCGAAAAUACAAGGCAGAGGAGAUGAGAAAGAAACAGAAAGAAGUAAGACACAAGGAGUUCUUGAAGAAUCGCAAGUUAAGUCACCUACAGAAGGAUGCAGAGCGAAGGCAAAAGUUGUUUGAGAAGAAGUCUGAGGGAGGUAAGACCAAGGAAGGAGGUGCCGCAGCCCAGGAUGUGGAGAGCUCUCGCAAGGCAUACUAUAAGGAGUUCAAGAAGGUCCUGGAGGCUUCUGAUGUUGUGAUUGAGGUUUUGGAUGCCAGGGAUCCCAUCGGCUCCAGGUGUAUCGCGCUGGAGAAAGCUGUGCUGGCAUCAGGGACCAACAAAAAAUUGGUUCUCCUACUCAACAAAGUCGAUCUGGUUCCAAGGGAGAUCACAGAGAAAUGGCUGAAGCAUCUUAGGAAUGAGUUCCCAGCAGUAGCCUUCAAAGCUACCACACAAACUCAGAGGUCAAACCUUUCCCAGUCCAAAGUGCCCGUCUCAAUGUCGUCAUCAGAACUCCUUCAGACCAGUCACUGUCUAGGAGCUGACUCUCUCAUCAAGCUUCUCAGUAACUACUGCAGGAAUGUAGACAUCAAAACAUCUAUCACUGUAGGAAUCGUAGGUUUUCCCAACGUUGGAAAGAGCAGCAUAAUCAACAGUCUGAAGAGAAAUAAAGUGUGUACAGUUGGAGCCAUGCCAGGAGUCACAAAAGCCAAGCAAGAGGUACAGCUAGCCAAGAACAUCAAACUUCUAGACUGUCCUGGUGUUGUCAUGGCAACAGGCAACAGUGAAUCUGCCAUGGUCCUAAGAAAUUGUGUCAAGCUUGAAACAAUAUCAGAUCCGAUGGCUCCUGUAGAUGCCAUCUUGAAGCGAUGUACAAAACAAUCCCUCAUGCUUCACUACAACAUCCCAAACUUCAGCAAUGUCGAUGACUUUCUCUCACUACUGGCAAGGCGGUAUGGAAAACUGAAGAAAGGAGGCUUAGUCGAUGUGGAAGGUGCAGCUAAAAUCAUAUUACAAGACUGGAACACUGGUAAGAUCACAUACUACACACACCCACCAGAACAGCAUAGCUUACCAAGUCACAUAGAUGCUUCCAUAGUUACACAACUGGGACAGGAAUUCAAUGUAGCUUCAUUAGAGAAAGAAGAUGAGAAGAUCCUCAAAGGGUUAAGACAUGAACCUACAGCCAGAGGGAUGGAAAUAGAGACCAUCGGCCAGUUAGAGGGGAUUGUUGAUGAUGAAGCACUGGAGGCAGAGGAAGAAGGAGAAGAAGAAGAUGAGAUGGAUGAAGAAAAGGAAGAGGAGGAGGAGGAUGAUGAAGAAGAGGAGAGCGAUGAAAUGGGAGAUGAUAAUGAAGAAGAAGAGCUUAAUGAAGUAACUGUCAAAGUACCAGAAUCCAAAGCCAAAGCAGCAAAGAGCAAAAGAGAGAAAGUGGAGAAGCUCAAGAAGGGAAAGUCCAGCAAAGUAGACUCCAACUCCCCUAUUGGCAACCAACAGCUCAACAAAGCAUCCAAGCUUGCUUUCAAGAAAAUACUCAAGAAGAGGAAAAAGUCUGAUAAACUGGCGACUGUUCUGUCUGAUGAACUCACCCAGGCAUUUGACUUCUUCCAGUCGGGUCGAGGAGACAGUGAUGAUGACGGCGAUGAUAACUACAGCUUUAAGAAAGACUUUUUCCGAUGAUUGUAGGAACAAAUUUGAGACCCCAAGGACAUUUGAGAGAUGUUACAAGAGAACGUGGCUUUGCUCGUCUCUUCUCAUGUGAAAUAAUUCCAUAAACUCUUUGCAAACAUGGUGAUUUCUAAAGUGGUGUUGUACAUCAGGCUCACUUGUUGAGACCUUCAUCAAAUGAAUUAUUAUUUUAUAAGGCCACUUUAAAAAAAAAAAAAAACCUAUUUAAUGCUGGAGUCAGACAACACUGCUGAUGCUCAUAAUAAAACAAAGGGUUAUUAUGUGCAAGAAGUGCAGUUAUGAAUUGGAUGUUUAGGCUUAGGGUAGGCUAUUCAUACAUGUAUAUACAGGAAACGGGAAUUGAGAUGUUUCAGACUAUUCAGAUUCUAUUUAAAAAUCACAUUAAGUAAAAUAUUUGGCAUAAUGGCUAUCCUGCAUGUCAGUUUCUGUCUAUACUCCCCCCCCCCCCCCCCCAGUGACAUCUAAUGAGACAUGAUAUUUAAGUCAUUCGUUUUACAUUCUUAAGAAUGAACAAGUAUUUUAAACUUUUUAUUUGAAAUGGAGAAAAGAAGUAAUGAUAUGGAGAAUAUGUAUUUAUGAAUCUGUCCUCAGAAAAGUUUAUAGAAAGAAUAUAUGUCAUGUGGUAUAUUCUGGAUUAAUUUCUUUUAGCCUUUUAUCUUUAUAUUCACUUAUAUGUUUAUUGUAAUUCCUCAGUAAUACAUGUGUAUUUAUCUUUUUUGGUGGGUUAAAAGGGGGGGGGGGGGGCAUCUGUAAAAAAGAAAAGAAAAGGAAAAACCUUAAACAACAAUGUAUCACAUCAUGAUGUAAAUCCUAAUGAUUAUGUUUUGUCAGGUAUCAAUAAAGUUAUUGAAGCUACUCACACA